AUGGAUCAGUUGUGUGUUAAUCAAAAUGAUGCUAAGGAAAAAUCACAAGAGGUUCCUAAAAUGAGAAAUUAUUAUAGUAGCAGUUUUGCAACUUUGGCAUCAAUAGACGGAAAUCUAAAAAAAGAUCGUGAAUCUCUACCGCCUUUACCGGAUGCACUAGCAAUGAUAGUUGGCAAACAAAUAGUGUAUAUGUUUGAUGAUGAACUAGUUGAUGGUAGAGCUAUAGCACAAACUCUUGGUCAAGUACUCAAAGAGAUAAAAAAUCGUGAACGAGGCAAUCCUAUAGAUGGCAUAUAUUCGACAUUGGGAUUAUUACCUUACGGGGAAAGUGUAGAAGUUGAUUACAAGCAAAAUAUAUGUAAGGAAUGCAAAGAAAAAGAAAAUAAUGAGGAAAGAAAGGUGAAUUGUAAGCAUCCAGAAGAGCAAAGGACAGAAUUCCCUGGUUAUUUUAAAGAGGAAAUAGAAGAGAGAUUGUUGCAUGUCAUGAAAAAAGCCCUUGAAAGCGGCUAUGGGGAUAUCUUUAGUUGGCAUGGCUCAGGAAAUAGUUUAGUUCCAACAACAUUAGAUGAAAAAAAGGGUUCGACAACUUCCCAAGGGGGUUUAAUUGUUGUAUGUAAGUGUAAAGAGUCAGGAAACCCUCACCAGUGCCAAUUUGUAAAGGUUAACGAAAAUAGUAUUGAGAUAAAGG